CGCGUACGCGCGUGUAACGGUCCGGGGGUUAAAACCACCGCAGCGCUCAGAAGUUUUGGAGUUGUUAAAGCUCUACUCGGUGAAGUUUUGGGACGCAUUUGAACUGGUGGAAAAAAAAUGAUGGCAGCGAGAUUUGCUCUGUGCGUCCACGUAGCGCGAGCGACCACACGGAGUUCCACGUGCAUUUUGGGACAUGAACACGCGCGCAGCCUCAGCAGUGACACAGAUUUUUCUGGCAUUAAAGAACGGACUUUGGUAGCAGUGAAGCCCGAUGGCGUUCAGAGAAGGCUGAUCGGUGAGGUCAUCAAGCGCUUUGAGCAGCGAGGAUUCCGAUUGGUGGGUCUGAAGAUGCUGCAGGCUUCUGACAAGCUUUUAGCUCAGCAUUACGUCUCGCUGCAGAGGAAACCCUUUUACUCCAGCCUGCUUUACUACAUGACCUCUGGCCCCAUAGUUGCCAUGGUGUGGGAGGGGCAUAAUGUAGUGAGGUCAUCACGUAUGCUGGUGGGAAGCACAGACCCUGCUGAAGCCGCACCGGGAACUAUUAGAGGAGAUUUCAGUGUUCACAUCAGCAGUCACCAUGAGGGCCCCUGGCUGGAGGCUAAACUGGAUUUGAAGAUCAAAAUAACCACACAGACUCAUCGUUACAGUCAAGAACAUCCUUUUAUUCAAUCAGUUAAAGGUGCUGCUCUUACUUGUUUUUCUUAUUAUGGAAAAGAAAUUGUAAUCAACACAUGCAUUUCACCAUGAGCUCUGGAAGGCGUGUGGACUGAGAAGGGCGCCGCUCGAGGAGUUCAAACCAGGGCCGGAGCCGCCAAGGAUUCAUGCUACUCUAAACGCAUCUGAAUGCCCCGCUCAACAAAAGAGUACAAAAGUAAAUACGAAAGAAAGAAAAUGGACGGUCAGUACCAGGGAGGGACAACGAGAGCGCCAAACACAUGUCCGUCACUAUGGCUUUCACUUACAGUUAUUAAUAAAUCACAGCCAACGCGGACGCCGGCUUCACGGACUCGGGAAAGUGAAACAAUUGCAUAUUUUGUUUGUGGGAGGAAGCAAGUUUUCGUUAAGCCCACUAUGUGGGCUUUUGCUGGUGAGUUUUCAAGUUAAUUUUAGUCUCGCUCAGGUUUUUGUGGCGUGCGUCACUUUGGUCUAUGAGUUUGGCUCGUAACGCUGGGCUCGCGGUUGCUUUGAAACUGUGUCGCUUUCCCUGGGCUGAAACCACUCCGUUUUUAAGGUGCUUCGUCUUGACAGGAACUUUUUUUAUUUUUUAUUAUUAUUUUCUGGUCACGUACAACCAUUCAAAGGUGCAUCAUCAUUACAGAUUCUCAAUGCAAUAUCAAUAUAAACAGAUCAUAGCAAAUCAAAUGAAUUUGGUAACAAAGAAAUAAAUAGCUCAAAAACUCGCCUAUUAUACCCCAGCGGUCGGCCUCUACUGUUUUCACAAACCGCGUCCAGCUGAAACGCCCGUCUGUCGGACGGCCCACCAGAGCUCACCGGCGUAACUUGUUCACGUACAUUAACUGUUCAAUGGAGAAGCUGAAGAGAUCGGUAUGAAUACAACGUGAAGCGUACAGACAAGAAUAACAUGUGAGCUAACUGCAUUCUGCUCAGACAACAUUUUUUUCUUACUUUUUUUUUUUUUUUACAUUUUAAAACCCCUCCGUUCAGAGAAAAGGGGCACAGGGAAGGGCGAUGCUUAUGCAACUAUAGACUACUCCAGUGUCCAAAAGAGGCAGAAGACAAGAUUACAGAGGAAGGAAAAGCAAGACAGAAAGUUUUUUUUUUGUUGUCAUUUUUCUAUUUUCUACAGUUUUCUAAAUUAUUCAACAAUAAAAAGAUGAACUAAGUCACACCGAUUUCCUUUAGUACUAUAUAUACUGCUUUGAAGAAGUUGCGGAAGGAGAAAUACAGAAGUUUGAACGAGGGGAUUUUUUUUUCUUUUAGCUUUUUUUUUUAGAUGGGCACUCAGGAUUACAAGAUGGUGUCUGCGAACAAAAGGCACUUUUUAGGGACAACCUUUAUGAUGCUCUGAGUCUAACACUAGAUCACAAAACAAAUAUUUAGAGUCAUUUACAUGGGGGCAGUAGAGGGCGCUGCAGGUUAAGAGGGGGAGGGGUUCAGUUUCAACUCUUUCUGAUCAGUCGCUGACUUUGUUUGGGUGAAUCUUAUUACGAAAAUUAUCACACCAAAAUCAAAAGAAAACAAAUUGUAUUUUUUUUGCAUGGACCAUUAGUAUGUUUUUGUAUUGUAACAUUUAUUUUUGACAAAAUAUUUUUUUUUCUUAUGAUUUCUGAAUGAAAUAUACAGAGCCCCACAAAUGACAUGGAAAUUUUUUUUUCCCACGAAUUAAGAAUUUGUUUCUGUGACUUAUAAGUUUCGUUGUUUUCGAAAAUCGUAGCCACGUUGUACAAAUUUGUUCCAUAAUUUUCGUAAAUUGUGGUCAUGUUGUAAUAAUUUGCUCCCUUGUUUUCGUAAAUCAUAGCCACGUUGUACAAAUUUGUUCCAUAAUUUUCGUAAAUUCCGGUUAUGUUGUACAAAUUCGUUCUUUUGUUUUCGUAAAUCGUCGCCAUGUUGUGCUAACUUGUUUCCACGUUUUCAUAAAUUAUGGCCAUGUUUUACUAUUUUGCUUUCUUGUGUUCGUACAUCGUGGCCAAUUUGUACUAAUGCCAUGAUUAUAAAAACGAGGGAACAAAUUAAUAAGUUAUGGAUACAAAUUCUUAAUUCGUAGCCACAAUUUGAAUAAAGUGAGGGAAUAAAUUAAUAAAACAAGGGAACUUAAUUCAUGGCCACAAUAAAUAUACUGUUGUCCUCAUGUCAUGUGCGGGGCUCUGUAGAAACAUGACUGUACAUGUACAUAUCUUGAAAGUUUUUGAGAUCCACAAUUUUCAAAGUAUAAACGAUAACAAAUUCACAUCACACCUCCCGUCUCUUCUUACUCCAAAAUUUUUAGCAUACAAUGGGCAUUUAAUUUAUUCGAGCUGCAUUAAAGCCUCUCCCGUAAACAGGGAAGAUCUUGUCAUACCUUUCAUUCGAAUUCAAAAUUUCUGUGCAAAAAGCCAGCAAAGUUCAGAUGGGAAGUUCGUUAAGGUUUCGUGGGCGAUCCAAAGCAUGGAAGUCCUAGAAUACUGGAAUGCAUAGCAUGAAGUCAAAAAUACCAGAAAAAUCCAGUGUUUUAGCUAGUUAAAAGUCGUAAAACCUCUUAGGACGUCAUCAGUCGACAUUCUUUGAUCGCUUCGGAGAAAAGGUUGGAGGAAAAAUGCCUUUUGUCACAACCUUGACCACAUUGAACACCCUCCCCCCUUUAGAAAAUACAAAAAGCAAAGAGUAUUGAACGUUUUUUCUUUCUUCUAAAAUUUGUCUUGAUAACACUUAUUUUUCGUCUUCUUACGUAUAAUAGAGAUCGAACGUACUUUGAACCAUAAAAAGCACCUGUUUUAUUUAGUGAUAUAUUCUGACGUGUCGCAAAAAACUGCUUCUUCAGCCCUCCUAAGUUUUGAGAACAAAUCAUUACAAAUAAACAUUAAAAAAAGCAGAAAAAAGGAAAGAUUACAAAACGAAUUCCCAAAACGUACAAAGACCAUUUUCUCUCGCUCUUUCCGCCCUGUAGUUUAGAGUCCCGGACAGCGUGGACUUUACUAUAAUAGAAGGAUUUUCACCUCUACGCUUUCCUGUACACCCUAACAAUGAGACAAACACAGUUUCUACCCAAGGCAUUGCACAUGGCUCAAUCAACACACUUUAUUUUGCAAUAACAAAUACUUCCUGUCCAAACACAAAAGAAAUCAAAAGCCGUGCAUUUAAUUUUUUUUUUUUUACUACGCUAUCGAUAACAUUUUCCGCGGAAAUCUGAUUUCCACCGGUUGAUUAUUUUUUUGCUCUAAUUACCAUUAAGUGCAGAACUGGGUUUUCGGGACUGGUAUUUCUGAACGGAUAUCUGAUUUAUGAUCAUGUCAUACUUCAAAAAAUAACUAGACUGCCACUGAGCUUAUUAGGCAAAUAAGAAGAAAAUGUAUAUAUAAAUAUAUAUGGAUAUAUCCUUUAUAUAUAAAGAUGUUUGUAACUAGUGAGCUGACGCUUGUUUUUUUCUCAUAAAAAUUUCACGCUCCGCUAUAGCUUAUAUGCAAGAAAAUAACCUGAAUUCAUGUUUAACAAAUUGCAUAAUGGGAAUACAGAGGCACUUCCUUUGAUUAGAAAAGAAAAGACCAUUGCCAUCACGAUUCUCGUGUUAAUUUUCUACCAAAGCGAUGACACGGCCGCCAUCCGGCAAUAAUGCUUCCCUGCAGUGAGAUACAUGGUCAGGCAGUCCAGUUAUUUUGUGACGUUACCGAUUACAGUUGCGUCGAAAACAAAACUUUAUCAGCGGAUGAAGAUCUCCCUACUCUAAUUCACUGUAAAGGUUUCCCUUUGUAGUCAAUCUGUGGAGGAGAGUGCGUGUAUGUGCAGACAGCCAUGCCGAAACGUUACCAAAUUUCGAGUAAAAUGCUACUGAAGUGAAUGGUGAAACGCAGCUUCUAAUAACAGCGGUCCGAGCGGCCCACCUCCCUCUGAGCACGGCUAUGAUAUGUCGCAUAUUCUUUUGCUCCGCAGCGAGGUCACAUGCUCUUGGAACACAGACUUCUGGGAGUGUAAACGGGUACGUAAACAAAACACAGAAGUGGGCGUGUCUCUAGGGCCGUCUUUAUUAGUGCUAAUGAAUCAGGGACUUUUAUUAUGCCUCGCUACAAUGACAAAAUUAAUUCAAAACAGCCAUUAUACAUAACAGAAUGACUAGCUGGGGCUUUAAAAAAAAUCACUAGAAAAUACUAUUUGCUACAUAAAAAUCUUCUAAUUAAAAGUGUUACUUUAGAUUUUUUAACAAACUAUUUAAAACAAAGUUCAAACAUAUGGCUUUCAUUUAAAAAAAAGGAAAUGAGUUUGAAAUAAAAGAAUGCAAUGAUUAUCUGGGACUUUUUUUUUUUUAAACAAACGAUUUAAAAAUUGUAACUCCGUCACAUGGCUACAAAGUUGCAGUCACAUUUA